UGCUCCGGUCUCUUAUUGACACAGUUGUUACAGUAUAAAACAAGCAAGGCCCUCACUGAGCUUGUGGUAGCGAGCACAGAUCCUGAGGAAGAACACAAGUAAGACAGAGGAGAGAGAGACUUGACUGGCUCGUCCGCGGUCAAAGAACAGGUCAACCAAUUAAAAAAACAAAACAAAGCAAAAUAAAAGAUGCAGACCGCCAGCUCCAUUUUCUUGGGCCUCGCGGUCCUCACCUGCAUGGCAGGAGCCCAGUACUUGUACAAAGGUCCCCUGGAUCCCAGUGUGUGCUCACCGGCCAUCACGUGGCUUGCCCACUCCAGCUACCCAGGAGACUGCCACAAGUUUAUCGUCUGCACCGACGGUCAGCCUCUGGAGUUCUCGUGUCCUGAUGGCACUGUGUACAGUGAGGGCACCAAUCGGUGUGUGGAGAAAUACAGUCGCUACGAUAAGUGCACAGGUCGGCCCAAAAGCUCUGACAUGUGUCCCCCUGGGUCCACUGGGCUGGUCCCACACCCAGACUUCUGUCAGCGAUACUACAACUGCAGCGACACCUCCAGCAGACGAUAUUCCUUCCUGACAACCUUUGAGGACGAGUGCAAGUACCCCGACCUCUUUGACUACGUCAGCAAGACAUGCAAGAAUUUCGAGGAAGCGACGUGUUUGCCGGGAACAGAGAUCGGCGUCGAACCCUGUGAUUACUUGAAGAAAAGAUGCUAUGUUGCUCACUGCCAGCCGUGCUAUUAUAGUAGCCCCUCCUGCUUGGGACGCUCGGACGGAUAUCACGUACACCCCCUGAAAAUGUGGAGUCCGUCCUAUGUGAAAUGCUACAAGAACAGGUCCAUCGAAUUCAACUUCUGUGAUAGCAUGCCAGCAAACACCAACCACUUCAUGAUUUUCUCUCCGCACACCAAUACCUGUGUGCCCAAGUGGGACAUCCCGAGAAAGUUUGGUGGCUUACAGCCAGACUGCUCGGCCAAACCACAGGGAAGACUGUACGUGACGGAAGAAAGUGACCGUGUCUACUACAGCUGUCCUUUCUCCAAGGUGUCUGUCUGUGACGAUGGACAAGUCUUCAGCGGGGAGAGACAGACUUGUGUGGAAGCUUGAGACACGAUAGACGGAGAGAGGAGAGAGGAGAGGAGAGA